UUAAGGUAAUCAGAGCAACAACAAACUACUGCAGCGGCUCACAUUUGUUUUGAGCAAAUGUUGUGCAUUAUGAAAUGUAGCUAAAGGUUAGGAGAGUUAUGCUAUUGAAAUGGUUAUUAUUGUGUAGAAACAUGCGCUCAAACUGCCUGCUUCCAAAAUGAAGACGUGGCUCUAGAAAAGCUACAAAUAUACUGUGUAUUUCUUGCAGCUAGCUAUGACUUAUUUCAUGACCUCCCCACUGGUCCACAAGUGCAGGUUGUGUCUGUAUCACACUAUUACAUCGAGGACAGCUGGAUUCGUCACACUGAAUCAUCAACAGCAAAGAACAUUAUGCCUCGCUCCAAGGCAAAGGGAUGUUCAUGGUCUACGCCCAAGCCAAGACAGGACAGUCUGGUGGCCUGGGUCUCGAGGACUGUUCUGUAGAGGAGGAGGGGAGAGCUCCAAGCAGCAGACCCUAGAGGACCUCACUAAGAACAUCAGAGGCAGACAGUACAAGAGGGUCAUAGUGAUGGCCGGGGCUGGGAUCAGCACACCUAGUGGCAUCCCAGACUUCAGGUCCCCUGGCAGUGGUCUCUAUGACAACCUCCAGCAGUAUAAUCUUCCUUACGCAGAAGCCAUCUUCGAGAUCAACUUCUUCCAUCACAACCCCAAUCCUUUCUUUGUCCUGGCCAAAGAGCUGUACCCAGGCAACUACCAACCCAACCUCACACACUACUUCGUACGGCUCCUUCAUGACAAGGGCCAGCUCCUCAGAAUGUACACGCAAAAUAUCGAUGGUCUGGAGAGAUUGGCAGGAAUCCCCCCUGAGAAACUGGUGGAGGCACACGGAACUUUUGCUACUGCUACCUGUACUGUGUGUCGGAGAGACUACCAGGGGGAGGAGCUACGUCCUGAUAUUAUGAAGGGGACAGUCCCUAAGUGUGCCGCUUGUAAGGGCGUGGUGAAGCCUGACAUCGUCUUCUUUGGGGAGGAGCUACCGCCUCACUUCUUCAGCUACCUAAAGGACUUCCCCCUGGCAGACCUCCUCAUUAUCAUGGGUACCUCUCUGGAGGUGGAGCCCUUUGCCAGUCUGGCCGGAGCUGUGAGGGACUCUGUCCCUCGCCUGCUUAUCAACAGAGACCUGGUGGGGCCCUUCGCAUGGGGGACCCCGCGACACAACGAUGUGGCCCAGCUAGGGGAUGUGGUCGGUGGGGUACAGAUGCUGGCUGAUGCCCUGGGCUGGAACCACCAGCUGGAGGCUCUCAUGGCUGCCAAUGCUGAGAAGGUUACAGAGAAGGAGGAAUGAGACGGUCAGUGUCUUAACAUUCCAUUCAGAAUGCCUCACCACCUCAGUCCACCUCAGUCCACCUCAGUCCACCUCAGUCCACUUCAGUCCACCUGCCUCAUAGCUCAGGACUACAGCAGCGUGUCUACUCAGCAGAGAAUCUACAAUUAAAUGAACUCUCUUCAACAGACUUUGAGCCACACACCGCACAAACAGCACAACACAGAGGCAGCAAUGGUUGCCUGUCUGGCUUUUGGCGGAAGACAUUUCGGACACGUUGGGAAUGUAUUGGGUUUUAUUUAUUAGUCUGCUGUGAAAUGUGUCAAUAUCUUGAGAUAUUAUUUUAUGCUUUUGAUUAUCUCUCAUGUACAGUUUUUGUGGUAAAUAAUUAUCAUAAAGACUUGCACAGA